UUUGAAGAGCCUGAUAGCACGGACCCCGGCAUGGUCGUCUAUGCUCCUCCGAUUGCAUCAGAUGAUUCGUUGCUUGCUUACAGCAACACAUCAGAUAAUGGCCAUUCCCUUUUCGAAGCCAACAGAUUGAGUGGUAAAGCUUCACCCUUAACCAUGUCACCAUGGAACCAAACCACACCAACGGACAAUUCUUCAUGGGACACUUUCGACGAAAAUGGCCUGGUUUCCGCCAAUAGUCUCAUCGGCUCGCUUAUGCGUGAAGAGGGACAUAUCUAUUCCUUAGCUGCCAGAAACGAACUCCUUUACACCGGCUCCGAUAGCAAGCUUAUUCGUGUGUGGAAGAAUCUUAACGAAUUCUCGGGCUUCAAAUCCAAUAGUGGAUUGGUUAAGGCCGUUGUGAUAUCGGGUGAAAAGAUUUUCACUGGCCAUCAGGAUGGGAAGAUUCGUGUUUGGAAGGUCUCGAUUAAGAACCCUUCCAUUCAUAAACGAGCUGGAAAUUUGCCGACUCUUAAAGAUAUCCUCAAAAGUUCAAUUAAACCGAGCGAUUACGUCUAUAUGAGACUUAAAUGUGCGUUAUGGAUCAAACACUCGGAUGCGGUGUCUUGUUUGAGCUCGAACGAGGAACAAGGUCUUAUUUACUCUGCUUCAUGGGACCGGACCUUCAAGGUUUGGAGAAUCUCGGAUUUUAAAUGCCUCGAAUCGGUUCAAGCACACGAUGACGCCGUAAACGCGGUUAUAGUGAGCUUAGGCGAAAUGGUUUUCACCGAUUCGGCAGACGGAACAGUUAAAUUUUGGAAAAGGGACCAGCUUCGGAAAGGAACGAAGCAUACAUUGGCUCAAACACUAAUAAAACAAGAAUGUGCGGUAACAGCAUUAACAGUCAUCACAUCUGCAAGUCCAGCGUUGUAUUGCGGCUCCAGCGACGGUUAA